AAUUUGAAACGAUGACAGGUUCGAGAUGAUCAUGAUAUCCCUCUUUAUUCUGACCUUCCUGUAUUGGAUAACUGCUGCGUUGGACGUGAGAAUAAAUGGUCAGCUCGAAUUGGAGAGGAAAUAUUGGAACCAGUACGAUCCCACAUUGAUCGCCGAAGGAAUUUACUGUCUGGCAACGAUAAUGGCCUUCCUGAAAUUAUUGUACAUCUGUCAGUUGGACUAUCAUCUGGGCCCACUUCAACUUUCUCUCGGGCAAAUGAUCAAGGACGUUGUCAAAUUCAUCAUUCUCUUCAGCAUAAUCAUUUUUGCAUUUACCGCUGGCACGUGUAAACUUUAUCAGUAUUACGAGGAUAUGGUUCAAAUCGACGAUGAAUCGAAAAUCAAGACCCAACAGGUCAGCUCGUUCGUUAAUUUCUCAGCCACCUUGAAGACUCUUUUCUGGGCACUUUUUUGCAUGAGCCCCAUCGAAAGCGCUGAUGUGAUAAUUGAGAACCUUCCGGGAGAAUCGGAGAACGAGACCAUCAUCAAUCAUCACACGUUCACGGAGGUUAUCGGCUAUAUAGCCUUCGCCGUCCACUGUGAUUUCUCUUUUUCAGGAUUCACCUUCAUCGGUGUGAUCGUGAUACUGAACAUGCUAAUUGCAUGCAUGUCCAACACGUUGACGGAAGUCACAGAGAACGUGAUCGUGGAAUGGACAUUCGGGCGAACUGAAACUUACGUCGAUUUCAUGCUCACGACUACGCUCCCACCGCCAUUUAACAUUAUUCCAACGUACGUUGGUAUUCAACCGAUCGUCGAGUACCUGAAAAUAUGGCUGAAACCAACGUCAAACAAGCGUGCACGAUGGGAUCCACAUCACUGUUUUUAUAUCGAAACUUUAACGGAGGAAAACAACGAUGAGUUCUCGAUAGUGAUGUCCCAGUUGGUACAGCGUUACUUCCGGAAAAAGGAUAAAAAAAUGGAGGAGAACGAGGUGGAGAAGGUAACGAAAGAGAUCGCGGAGCUGAGAAAUCUUCUAAGAGACGCUCUCACCACUGUUUGAUGAAACAAUCAACGAGGCCAAAUUGAUUUCUAUGAGCUUCCCGCCGAGCUACUUGACGAGCAACCGUCGACUAUCUUAACGCCGAACGAGCCAAACAAAAACGUCGUUUUCUCUUCUCGUGCGCGACACGUGGGCGCGGAAUCGUCGAACGAAGAUCGUAAUUAGUAGAUAGAUCGAAGAGAAAUAUCACAGUCUUGGGAAAGCACUGGCAGUCUGCGCGUGAAUUCAAUUCACUGUAUUGGCGAAGAGCGCAAAGCAUUCGUCAAACGAAGAAAGAAUUUCUUCCGGCUUCAUCGAUCCUCGAGAUUCCUCGAAGGAAUUCCACGCUCUUUUCUUAUUCAAGAUUCCUGCUUUUUGUUUGAAUAUCUUUGACGAGAACAGAGAUUGAAAUGUUGCGAAGGUCGUAGCUAAACGAUGCAAGUAAUAAGAAAACGAUCGAAAUUAAGGAUAAAGAUGAAUUAUUCUAAUCAACUGUAGCUAUAGCGGAUGUCUUGUGCAAUAAAACGUAUUUUCAGUGCCGAUGAUUUGCCGAUGUAUUAUUCAUGCAUAAAUUCGGCCUUCUUAUUAUCAUAGCACGUCCGGUUGUUUCAGCGAAAUGGAAAUUUUCCAUUACUACGUGACGUUUUCACGAUGUGGAAAGUCUGGAAAUGUUAUUAGCUUUGUUACGAUGAAAACGUGAGCUCGUUUGAUGCGUGCCAUACAUUACGCUGUAAUAAUACGUAUACAGAAGGAUACGUGUAAUCCGUCAUUGGCAAAAUUCACACUCGUGCGAAUCAUUAAAUUUGCUUUUUUUUUUUUUGAACAUUUACGGAAUACUGUUCCUCUUUUCAUGCAAGUUCAAACGUUGUCCA